AUGAUCGCCCUACCGCGGCCGGUAUCGGUCCAUUCACUUGUUAAGGGCCCAGCCCAGUUGCCAGUUCCAAGCAAAGCGACCCGCAGCACCAGUGCAGAGAUUCCCUUUCGUGAUAGCCUCUCGCUCCCCGUGGAGAUUGAGAUAGUCCCCGCAGUCCCCACUUCGUCCGGCCUCGGCAGAGACGAAGCUCAGCUCGCAAACCUGCCUAUUGAAAUCCACGAGAAUAUCCUGGAUCAUAUCUUCGGGGAAAGAGCGGCUGCGUCUUCCAAGACAUCUGCACAAAGUUGGAGCAAGGCAUUCCGGCAUCCGCGGCGCAAGGCCCUCUCAGAUCUCGCCUUGAUCUGCCGAGUAUGGACUCCACUCGUCCAGAGCCGCAUCUACAGACACAUCAAGGUGAAAGGAACCCAAGAUGGUUUAGCCGAAUGCGCACGAUGGUUUAUACUCAGUCCACAUCUUAUCCUGCACGUUCGUCAUAUUGAGGUUUGGAUUCCAGUCUGGGGCGACCGAGUCCAUCGACCAUGUGUGACUCGUCCGGGGCCAGUUCCAUGGGCAGAUCCAUCCGUUCAGGACUGGUGGGCGCAGCCAGAUUCCCAAAGCACAAACGAAAUCCACUAUCACAUCGCAUCGCGAACUGCUACACUGGAGGAAAUCUUUGAACUGGCCCAGGACUUCUUUACUGCCGCCCGUGUUCUCACACUUGAGGGAGGUCACUGUAAGAAUCCACCCAUGGUCCAGCAUUUCAGAAGACUUCCCGGUCGGUCUACUUCAUUCUUCAGCUUCCGGCGGCUUCCCGUGCUCAAAAAUAUUGAAACUCUCGUGAUGCGUGGUGCCUGGAACUUGAUGCGCGACUUUGAAGACUGGCAUCACAUCUCGCGGGCGCUUCCUGGCCUACGAGAAUGGCAUUGUUCCUACGCCCAACCCCAGCCGAACGCCUAUCUCACCAUGAUGCACAUCUUGAUCCGUCCCCCGUCUACAAUUCGACAUCUCAACCUGACGCUAGAGGGAUUUUAUAACAACAAAGACGCUACGCAGAGCUCGAUCCUCACUUCUCGGGCUGUGCUUCCACCAAUAUGUACCUUACUUGGCCAAUCAGCCCCACAUUUUGAGUCUCUUUCCUUCACAGGAAGAAUCUGCGCGUGCUUCUUCGAUGCCAUGAAAGCCGAAUUGGAGACGAUGACCACGGUAUCCCGCCUGGGGUCCCUGGACAUUGUAGUCAAGUCAUGCUGUCGCGAUGAGUCCGGCAAAAAGGAAGCUGCCACUAUAUCCCCUACCCAAGAACUGUCUGGAAUCAACAACAUGAACUUUAUCUAUACCUUCGAGUCCAUGAUCAUCGGAGCAGUGGAGAGCCUUGCCAGUAUGCCGCAUCUCGACUACAUUCGGAUUCGCUAUAUUGAUCUGGACUCGACCUGUCCCCUGCUCAAUCCUUACUUCCAACUUUCCAACAAUGAAUGCACCGGUCUAUGGAGUCAGAAUAUUCUGACUGUACUCCAGGCCAGCCGGCCCGACGUGCACUAUGUCGAGCUCUCGGACGGCAUAUACCCUCAAUAUGGUAAAAACAACCAAAUCGUCGGCGCCAUUUACCCUCGCGUUCGACCUCAGAGCAUCAAUGCAGCCACGUACAAAAUCAUCGCCGACGUCAACAAAUUCUAA